AUGGAGAAACUUGCAAAACCGGAAUCUGUUGACUGGCAAAUCCACAACGACCGCAAUUCACAUAUCUCACAAAAAGAAGCCCUCCUCGAAUUCAAAUCCCUCUUACUCGCAAACACCUCCGCCACCGCCGCCGACAGUCUGCUGGAAUGGGACCCCGACACCAGCUGUUGCGGAUGGUCCGACGUUGGUUGCUGGUCCGAAGUGGAACCUCGCGUGGUAACUGAUCUUGACUUCUCCUAUCUCGUCCCUUCGAUACUGGGCGAAAACGCCACCGUGACUUCCGCCAUUCUGGCCCCGCUCUUCCGCUUGACCACGCUCAUGAGACUCGACCUGACUACCAAUUACAUACACGGCGAGAUCCCGCCUGAAAUCUCCAACUUAACCCGGCUCGAGGACCUCGAUCUCUCCAGCAAUCACUUCAGCGGCGCCAUUCCUCCUCAGCUGUUUUCCCUGACGAACCUCCAAACCUUGAGGCUCAGCGUCUGUGAAGUUGAGAAGACAGGGAGCUACAUUGAUGGGCCAUUUGUGAGGCGGAGUUACAAGAACGGGAAUUUCCUGACUGGGGAAAUCCCGGGCGAGAUUGGGAACCUGACCAAGUUGCAGGAACUUGAUCUGGGUAACAACAGAUUAACUGGUGCGAUUCCACAAGCUCUUCUGGGUUUGGAGAAGUUGGAGUCUUUAAGUUUGCGGGGGAAUUUUCUGUCAGGGGAGAUUCCAGUUGGAAUUGGGAACGUGUCCAGACUCGACAGCAUUUCUCUAAGCGACAAUCGACUAACCGGCGGGAUACCUCUUUCGAUCCAGAACUUGACCAAGCUAUACACGCUCACCCUCGACGACAAUCUUCUAUCGGGUGGGAUUCCAAUUGGGCUGUUCGAUUUUCCUGAGAUGGCAGCUCUGUAUCUGGGGAACAACAAUCUCACGCUGAAAAAUGUAGAUGCUUUGGUUCCCAAAUCAAAGCUGGGAGAGCUGUCACUGGCUUCUUGCAGCAUUUCAGGACGAAUCCCUGUUUGGUUACGAAACCAGACCGAAAUUUCUUACUUGGACUUGAGCAGGAAUCGAAUCAACGGAGGGUUCCCAAAGUGGCUAGCUAAAAUGGGAAUCAUUGAUCUUGUUGUCUCCGAUAACUUGCUCGAAGGUACUCUGCCUCUGGAAUUGUUCUUGGAACGAGGGUUAGAAGGGCCAAGCCAAGGAAUCCUCGACCUGUCGAAGAACAAGUUCAGUGGGAAUUUCCCAGACAGCGAUCGAUGCGAUCGAGAUUGGUUCAUGGCCCUGGUAUUAUCCAAUAACCAAUUCACCGGCCCGAUCACACAAUGCAUCUCAAACGUCUCCACUCUGGCACUGCUGGACUUGUCCAUGAACCAACUUUCAGGGGAGCCAUUUCAAUCCCUCUGUCGACAUCCUUCCUCGUCUUGUCCUUCAUACAUUGACAUUUCUUUCAACAGCUUCCAUGGCGAAAUAUCUGUAGCUUAUGUCAGUAAUCGCUACCAAUUGGGAGUGCUUGAGCUCAGCCACAACGAGUUCACCGGGAUUUCGCCGAGAAAUCUCGAGACCCUCAAAUUUCUCGACCUCAACAACAACAAUAUCUCAGGUGAAAUCCCGACGUCCCUCUCCACAAUGUCGUCCCUCCAAAUUCUGGUUCUUCGCAACAAUUACCUCGAAGGCUCGAUCCCGUUGCAAGCGUUCUCGAACCUGACCAGUCUCCGAAUCUUGGACCUCUCCGGGAACAGGGUAAGCGGCACAGUGCCGGCGAGUUUGGGAGAUCUCGCCGGAAUGCGAAUCGCUCCUUCCGACUCGUCGAUCAAGGAGAUGGUUAGUCACAGCUCGGGUUACUUCAGCUAUUUUGACAGGGAGAUGUUGACUAGCUUCACUCCAUUGUUGGAGGUGUUCUGGAAGACGCUCCAUCUGGGUCUUCCCAACGAGCAUCUAGGAUUAUACACUUUCCUCGAUCUAUCCAACAAUCGAUUAUCCGGUGAAAUUCCUCGCACCUUGGGCAGAUUGACGAGCCUGAAAGUGCUCAAUCUCUCUCACAAUCAGCUCACCGGUCGAAUCCCGGCUAGCUUCGGCGAAAUGAGGGAUUUGGAGAGCUUGGAUCUGUCGCACAACGACCUGGACGGAGAGAUUCCAGAGUCGAUGGGGAAACUGCUGCAGCUGACGAAUCUGAAGCUGAGCGACAACAAUCUCACCGGCCGGAUUCCGCACGGUCCCCAAAUGGACAGGAUGAACGACCCGGAUUCUUACGCGAGAAAUGUCGGUGGGCUGUGCGGGACGCAAAUUCGCGUGCCCUGCAUCGAGCCGGUGACGCCGGAGGAGGCGGCAUCGACUCCCGGAGACGGAAUCGAGAGCGAGGAGGGACUCGUAUGGUUUUCUUGGAUGACGGCCGGAAUCGGGUACCCGGCUGGAUUCGUGACGACGGUCCUUGGGAUAGGGCAUACCUGGCAUAAUGAUCAAUAUUUCUUGGUUUUCGAGUGA